CUAUUGCAAAUCUUGUUAAAAUCGAAACGCUCCGCAUACAUACAGUCUCAUGAUGUUGUAUCGACCAAUAAAAAUACUUAGCCAAAUAAAUCGAACAUGUGCUAGCAGAAGCAUGAAAUAAGGAGCCGCAUUUACUAUUUAAAUACGAUUUAAUAAAGUCUCAUUUUUCCAUAGUCAAUAGCAGGAAAAAAGCAUCGUAUUUUUAUUGCGAUUGAAAUCGCCGGGCAGCCAAUAGCAUAUAAUCCAUGCACAGAUGUAAGAAGUGUAGGCUCCUUUGAUUCGUAUGGUUUUGACGAUGCGGUUCCUAUUAAUAAAUCAUCGUGCGAAACUAUCGAUAAUCAAGCUUAUGAAAAAAUCAGUUCCCUAUUGAGAGGGAAAGAAGUUAGUUGCACCGUGAAUGAGCAAUACUAUGACCAAUUUGAAUGGAGUUAGGACAUUUGUACUCAUUGCGAUUUUUGUUGUGAGUAUACAGAAAGAUGGGGUCGAUGCAGGAAACGGAUGUGCCGGCUAUAAUAUUUACGAUAAUAAUGGGUUAUCAUGCAGCAUCAAAAAUGAGAUUGUCAAUCACCAUAAUUAUUUGCGACAGCAAGUGGCGAAUGGAUUAGUCAAUAAUCAACCUCGAGCUGCUAAUAUACAACAAAUGUACUGGGACGAGGAGCUGGCCAAAGGAGCCCAACAGUGGGCGAAUCAGUGCACCUUCGAGCAUAACAGCAACGCGGAUAGAAGAGAUGGGAGAUUCUCAGUCGGUCAAAAUAUUGGAGAAACAAUGAUGUCAGGCAGCCCGGAGAAGGUCAAACUUAUAGAAUUUACUAAACAAAUAACUAAUUGGUUCAAUGAGUUCAAAAUGUACGUGUUCGGAAAAAUUAAUUAUGAAAAUUAUUCAAAUACUGGACAUUAUACACAGGUAAUUUGGUCAAGCACUUACUUGGUAGGAUGUGGAUACAUUCGUUACAGUAAGCCAAACGAUAUGGUUAAUAAAUUUUACGUCUGUAAUUAUGGUCCAGCUGGUAAUAAUAUAAACAAUCAGCCUUAUAAAGUUGGGAAUACCUCAUGUGGUGGAAAUUUGGUGAAAUCAACUCAGUAUCCCGGACUUUGUAGUAUAAAAAAUCCAGUGACGGAUGCUUGCACUCCCAACAACGAAACAAAAAAUUCAAACUUAAACAAUAUGUCAUCAAAUUUGCAAAACUCAGAAAUGCAAGACAAUAAUAAUAAUAAUCAAAAAACAAAUAUAAACAUACAUGUGAACCAGAACAACAUUCCUAAUGGAAAUUCAUUGGAAACACUCAAAGAUGAUAAGGUUGCAGAAAAUAACAAAACGAAUAAUAAUAACCAAGAAAACUCGAACGUUACAGAUUACAAUUUGCGAAAAUUUGGAAGGGAAUGGACGCUUAGACAUUACAAUGGAAAUACCAAGGAGAAUAUGGAUGGAAUGAGUCAUUCCCAUGGAAGUGCGAUGAAGAGUAUAGUUGGAACGAGUCACUCACAUGGAGGUGCCAGGAAGAGUAUGGGCGGAUUGAGUCAUUCACAUGGUGGUGCCGUGGAGAAUUCGAAAGAAAUGAGUCAUUCACAUGGAGGUGCCGUGGAGAAUUCGGAUGGAAUGAGUCAUUCACAUAGAGAUGCCGUUGAGAAUUCGGAUGGAAUGAGUCAUUCCCAUGGAGGUGCCGUGGAGAAUUCGGAUGAAAUGAGUCAUUCACAUAGAGAUGCCGUUGAGAAUUCGGAUGGAAUGAGUCAUUCCCAUGGAGGUGCCGUGGAGAAUUCGGAUGAAAUGAGUCAUUCACAUAGAGAUGCCGUUGAGAAUUCGGAUGGAAUGAGUCAUUCCCAUGGAGGUGCCGUGGAGAAUUCGGAUGAAAUGAGUCAUUCACAUAGAGAUGCCGUUGAGAAUUCGGAUGGAAUGAGUCAUUCCCAUGGAGGUGCCGUGGAGAAUUCGGAUGAAAUGAGUCAUUCACAUAGAGAUGCCGUUGAGAAUUCGGAUGGAAUGAGUCAUUCCCAUGGAGGUGCCGUGGAGAAUUCGGAUGAAAUGAGUCAUUCACAUAGAGAUGCCGUUGAGAAUUCGGAUGGAAUGAGUCAUUCCCAUGGAGGUGCCGUGGAGAAUUCGGAUGAAAUGAGUCAUUCACAUAGAGAUGCCGUUGAGAAUUCGGAUGGAAUGAGUCAUUCCCAUGGAGGUGCCGUGGAGAAUUCGGAUGGAAUGAGUCAUUCCCAUGGAGGUGCCGUGGAGAAUUCGGAUGGAAUGAGUCAUUCCCAUGGAGGUGCCGUGGAGAAUUCGGAUGGAAUGAGUCAUUCCCAUGGAGGUGCCGUGGAGAAUUCGGAUGGAAUGAGUCAUUCCCAUGGAGGUGCCGUGGAGAAUUCGGAUGGAAUGAGUCAUUCCCAUGGAGGUGCCGUGGAGAAUUCGGAUGGAAUGAGUCAUUCUCAUGGAGGUGCCAUGAAGAGUACGGAUGGAAUUAGUCAUUCUCAUCUCAAUACCGUGGAAAAUAUGGAUGGAAUUAGUGAUUACCAUGAAAAUAAUACCACGGAUAAUAUGGAUGAAAUACAUGGGAAAACAGAGAAAAAUGCUUGGGAUAUACACGGGCACUCAAAAAAGAAUAAAACUAACAUUAUGAAAAAGGUUAUGCAUGAAAAGUCAAAAAAAUUGAAAGUCAAGAACAAUUAA